AUGAAAACUCUAGAAUUUUCUUACAAUGAAAUCCACAAUAGAAGAGUUGCACUGGGUAUAACAUGCGUACAGUGUACGCCGGUUCAACUAGAGAUAUUACGCAGGGCUGGCGCUAUGCCAAUCUCAUCCAGGAGAUGUGGUAUGAUCACACGAAGAGAAGCUGAGAGAUUAUGCAAGAGUUUCCUUGGAGAUAAUUCUCCUCCUCGUCUACCAGACAACUUUGCUUUUGAGAUAUAUCAUGAGUGCGCCUGGGGUUGCAGAGGACAGUUCUCUCCGUCUAGAUACAACUCAUCUAGGAAUAGAACUACAGCUAAAUGUAUUAAAUGUAUAUUUUGUACAGUUUUCUUCUCUCCAAACAAGUUCGUGUUUCAUUCUCACAGAAUAACAGAUGAUACGAAGUACAUUCAACCUGACGCUGCUAAUUUUAACUCCUGGAGGAGACAUAUUUGUCUAGUGGGAGAUCCUCCAGAUGAGGUGGUUCAUGCAUGGGAGGAUGUGAAGGCUAUGUUUAACGGAGGUACAAGAAAGAGAAUGUUACCCUCUGGAGACUCCCCCACCCCUUCCUUCUCCUCAGAAUCCCCUCUCCUCUCUCCUCCUCUUCCUAAACAAGUGAAGCAGGAAACCAUCUCCGAACCUGAGCUAAGCGAACCUAUCCAAUCUUUUUACAAGCUCCCGAACCUUCCAACCAGGAAUAUCCGGGAGUAUCUAUGGCCUAGGCCCCAGUAUCCCUUCCUAUGGCCUGACCGACCCCUAGCUCCACCCUUCCCACAUCCAGGUCUUCCAGCAGCUAUACCUGGAAAAGAUACACUCUUCCAACCCAACCAUACACAACCUUUCCUAGACUUCUUCUUCUCCAACAACAAUUCUAACCUGGAGAGAGAGAAGAAACGAACCUCGGUAUCAGAGUUUAUGGACGGUCCUUUCUUCAGACCUGGAUUUAGAGAGUCUGCAUUCCAACCUUUCAACAAAGGAGAAGAGGAGAAGGAGGAGAAGAAGCGGGAGAAUAAUCCUGCUGAGUUGGAUGAAGAAGAUUCUGAAGGAGAUGAAGUAGUUGAUAUAGAAAGGAUCGAGGACAGAGAGGAGGACAGGGGAGAAGAUGAGGAGAAUGUCCAGGUUGAAGAGAAGGACGGAUCCAGGACGGAAGACAGAGAUAGAAGAGAAAUUCUUCUGAAGCAUUUGAGCACUGUUUCCUAAAUUGAGGAGCAAGAUAUUGGAGCAGUAGAAACAAGGUUGGGAGCAUAGAAGAAGAAUCAUAUUUUUCUGCAAGAGAUUAACCUUGAAAUUCUUUAAUCAAAACAAAACCUUAAACUCUCUAAUUUUGCAAUAAAAAACUGAUUUCUGUUUUUUACU